AUUAAUAGAUAGAAAGUAGUAUGUAUAUAUGUAUUUGAUAAGUCUUUUAAUCGUUUAAAAUAAUAUCACGAAUGUCGAUGAACAUGAUAGUUGGUCUAUUUCUUUUGAGAUAUACCUUAUAUUUAGACGAUCCGUCAAUGUUAAUUUAAAUUUGGCAAAAGAAUUUGAAUUUUUUAACGUGUAUUAUAUUCGUAUAUCUCGAACAUUGUACGACUAACUCUUCGAUAGAAUAUCAAAUAAGAUAAGGAAUAGAAUGAUAGAAUGAAUGAUGCAAUGCAUAUUAUUUUGCUGAAUAAAUGUUAACGUGCAAUGUAUAUUACUUUACACCGCCAAAGUAACGCGAAUGGUGAUGAUGCUACACAGUAUUGAUACAAAAUGUAUACUAUCAGCGCUUAUCAUCAACAUACUCAGGGUCUUUCCGUUUUCUGUAAAUAUAAAAUCGCCAACUGCGAUAGAUUCUGCACUUUAUAAAUCGGAAGUUUGGAUAUCGGAGGAUACGUCCAUAACGCCUGUUCCUUUUAUUUUCUUAUUCGUUAUAUCAUUAACGCUAGUAUAAUGAAAUUCACGUGGAUUAUCGUAUUUUUGGCUGCCAUUGCAGCCGAUGUCAAUAGCAUAUUGAACAACUCCUUUGGUUUACGAUGGUUAUUAAGUGCAACUACAGAAGAAUCAAAACUAAAGGAAGAACGACCGCUUUGCCUUACUCAACAAUGCAAGUACCUUGCGAAGUCAUUACGAGAGAGUAUGAACCAAAGCGUGAAUCCAUGCGAAGAUUUCUACGAGUAUUCGUGUGGCAAUUGGCCAAAGCAUAAUCCACUUCCUGUUGACGAAAACCAAUGGAAUUUCUUAGUCAAGGCAGAAAGAAAGGUCGAUGACCGUCUUAAAGAAAUUAUGGAAGAGGAAGUGAAACCUGAUGAUCUGCGUGCAACAAAAUUCGCUAAAAUGGCGUUUAAAGCUUGCUUGGACACAGACGAGAUAGAAAGAAUUGGUCUUCAGCCACUUGUAUCUACAAUGUGGAGGACAGGUGGCUGGCCAUUAAUAAUGAAGAAAGAUGAAUGGGAUCAGGAAAUAUACAAAUGGCAAAUUGUGGACGAUUACUAUGCUCGUUUGACAGGAUUAAAUAGUUUCCAUGAUGUACAGGUUCCCAUGAGGUACUUGAUCUAUAAUGAAAGAUCAAGGCUGUUUGUCGAUACUCCUCGAUUAUCGGCAAAAGUGGACAGACUUCUAGAUUUCGAUGAAAUCUACGUAGCUAGCAGCGAAGAAGACGACCUCGAAGAAGAAAGUCAGGAACGAGGUAGCGAGGAAUGGCCACGCUCUAAAGAAGACGACGAAUUUCAAAUGCUAGAAAAGGAAAUCGUUAAGAAAAAUAUUAAUAAUCGUACGAUUCACAGGGAAAGAAUAAGUGAAAAGAUCAAGACGAUGAAGAAACAUGCCAUGGAGAUACAGUUAAAAGAAGGAACGAAAGGGGCCAUAACGCGAGCAAGAGUUGGUAACAAGAGACGAUACGUGGAAAGAAUUGUUAAGUCGUGGGAAUAUGAGUUAAUAUAUAAAUCUGAUAGCGUUGGAAAAUCUACAGAAACGAACAGUGGAAAGAGUCACGAAAGAAUAGAGGAUACGAAUAACGACUUGUACUUUGACGACGAUGAUAAUGAAAGUGAAGGCAUCAGCGCGGAUCAAGGAGAAUACAAUAGCGGCGGUAAAAUCGAUGAAAACGAUGAAGAGAAUGAUAAUAGCAAUAAUGCUGCGAGUGGUAGCGGUAGUGGUGAUUAUGAAUGGGACGACGAAGACGGUAAUGGGAGCGGUGACUAUGAACGGGAUGACGAAGAUAGUAGUGGAAAUGGCAGCGGCGAUUACAAGGAUAAUGAUAACGAAAAUAGAGAUGACGACGAUAGCGAUAAUAGCGAUAACUAUGACGGAACUAGUAAAAAAGAUAUGGAAGUGGAAAAUAAGAGAAAAAUGUACGCAGAGUAUAUACUAAAUGUUAGCAUAGCGCUUUCUGAAGCAAGAGGCGUUUCAAUACCAAGGGAAAGGCUCCUGGAAGACAUUGGCGACUUGCUUAAAUUUCAAAUAAGACUUCUAACGUACAUACACAAAUACAAGAAAGCGCUGACCGCUGAACUUAAAGCACUUCAAAACAGAUACGGUGCUUUGAAGGCUUGGACGGAAAACGGGAAAAUUAACUGGAUGACGAAAAUAAAAGAUGUGUUUGCUACUGGAGGUAUGGAAAUUCCUGACGAUUAUGUCUUAACUUCAGCCGAUGAUUAUAUCAAAGCGUUGACAAAAUUAUUAGAUAGAACUCCAAGUAGAAUAAUUGUGAAUUACAUACAUUGGAAUUUUCUUAGUAAAGUGAUACACGCAACUACGAAAAAAAUGAGAGAAUUAUACUAUAAUUGGGAUGGUAAAGUACCCACAAGGAGAACAAACUACUGUGUCGAAGAAAUGAAUGCGGUAAACAUUCUGGGAUACGAAUAUGUGAAACGAUAUUUACCAGAAGAAGUUCUACAAGCGGCUUCAGAUACUGUAAACGACAUCCAAAGAGAAGUUGAAUAUCGAGUCAAAAAUUCAACUGGGGUGGACAUUGGAGUCGGACAUAUUAUUUUGGAUAAAUUAAUAUACAUGAAGAAACAGAUCGAGUAUCCGAAAUCAUAUCGAAAUAUUACUAUCAUGAAAGAACGUUUCAGAGGCCUUAGCGCUAGCAAGUCGCAUUUCGAAAACAUGUUAAGCAUUAUGAGAUAUAAGAAAUGGAGAAAUCUAAAAACUUUAUUCUCGGAAAAUGAUGCUUCCGAAGCAUUUGGAGAACGUACAAGCGACAACUUUAAUCCCUUGCUAGUAAACACCAUGUUCUCACUAUGGCAAAAUAACAUUCAAAUAACAGCAGCAAAUUUUCAACAGCUCCUCUUUGAUUUUAGACAACCAUGGUACACAAGUUAUGGUAUUAUCGGACUAGUCAUGAGUCAUCAAAUAAAUCAUGGUUUUAGUGUUAUAGAUCGUAUGUUCGACAAAGAUGAUGAUAUCACGGUCUGGUCACGUAAAAUGAAAGACGCGUACCGCAAAAGAGCGCAAUCUUUCAUAGAUCAAUUUACGAGAUAUGGUGUUUUGGAGAAAAAAGUAGGAGAUUCUAUACUACAGAAUUAUGAUCUGCAAACAUCAGGUGAAAAUAUUGUAGACACAAUGGCCUUAAACUAUGCAUUUGAAGCUUACAAACGAAGGUUACGAGAAUGUGGAAAAUCAGACGUUAUGCUACCAGGAUUAGAGCACAUGAGUAACGAGCAACUAUUCUUCUUGUCCUUUGCUAAUUUGUGGUGUGAAGUGAUAAAACCGGACAAGUUAAAAGAGGAAAUAAGAGACGAUCUACACCGUCCCGGUUUGUUAAGAGUAAUUGCUUCGAUAUCUAAUUCUAAAGAUUUCGCUGAAGCUUACAAUUGCCCAUUAAAUAGCCCUAAGAAACCCAACGGAGAAAUGUAGUAUAUGAGAAUAAAGAGAUUAUGUAUCAUUGAUUGGAUAGAAAAUUCAUAAAAGAUAAAUAAUUAAUCGUCGAAGUAUUUGAAAUUUUAAAUACUUCUACGCGUUCAUGACAAUUAUAAUUAAGUAUAAUUUGUACUAAUAAAAUAUGUAUAUCGUAUAUUUUUAUUCGAAAAUCAACUUUUCGCGUCAAAAAAUGUGAAAACAAUAAAAUUAUGAAAUUCA